AUGGUCGGAAGGACGUUGAGAAAGACAGGAUCCGCCAUUUCGGACUCCAUUCGACGCACUUUCUCCCGAAAAACAUGGGAGCACAAGGAGCAGCUCCAUUCCCUCAGAGAAUCGGUCGGUUCUCGAAAAUUCUCAAUUCGAGAAGUAAUUGUAACAUUUUCUACUUCAAAUGAAAGAGGAUAUUUAUUUGCCACUUCUUUUUUUAAAAUUUCGAACGAAGUUAAUGCCCUCCUAUCCAAAUUUAUUGAUAUAUUAGUUGAAAUUUUUUGAUAUAUUAGUUGAAAAGUAUGGAAAAAGUCUCACAAAAAUUUAGACCCUCCUCGUUCUUCACAUGGUUCGUGUCGAUUUAUUUUGAUUUUCUUUUUUUUUCGCCUACCAUUUUUUUGAGUGUUUUCUUUCUUUGCAUGUAGAUCACAAUUGAAAGUAACGAAUCAAGAGGUUUUGGCGUAUUUUGAGCUUAUAAAUAUGUGAGAUUUAUUUUUAAAGAAAAAAGUACGCCAAAUAGAAUUAUUUUCAACUAUGAUGAAACACUAGAAAAUAGGUGAAACACUAGAAAAUAGGAAAAAUAAAAAAAAGUGAAAAGAUUCUUGUCCCCUGAUUAUUUUCAUCUUGAUCAUGUUUUUAUGUUAAAUUUGGACUAUUUUCUUUACACUUCGCGAUUUUUUCUCUUCGUCGCCUUUUUGAACUUUGGCUUCAUUUAUCUUCAAUGUUGAUCAGGCGGAAUUGAAACGGGUUCUUUUCUCUUUGGAUUUUUCUGUCCUCUAUUGUAAUUUUCUUGAACGAGGAUGGCGAAAUCUCAAUGUCAAAGUUAUUGCUUUUUGUUCUACCGUAAAUUGGAAAACAAUAUAAUUUUUUUACACCUAAAAACAAUACGUUAAUGAGGAAAAACCUCACUUUUUCUGUAAAUUGUAAGAAGAAUUUGAAGAAAAUCAGUGGAUUAAGCUCAAAAGCCACUAUUUUGACCGAUUUUAGCUAAGCAAGGAAAGCUUGAAAUUUAAAAAUGAUUAAGAAAUUUUUUGUUUCUCAUUUAGAUAAUUUUCACCUACGGUCUUUCAAUAUUUCUCACACUCUAUGCGUUUUUGUUACUUUCCCUAUUUUUUUCCCUAUCAAGAUCUCCCCAUAUAUUUCUGGCUUAAUGAAUUUAAAAAAAUCGCUAAAAAGGUAUCUAUUAAUGAGAAAAAAAACCAACGUGUCUGUAUACGUUUUUCUAUUUUUCAUUGAUAAAGUUGUAUCUUUCAACUAGAAAAUGCUUGAACUAUGUCGCGGAUAUUAGUGAGUUUUGGUGCUCCUUAUCAGAAAAUCUUUGCCGGGGUUGAAGAAGCAUACAAAAAUGUCCUGAAGGUUCCGAGAACUUUUUUUCAGUUUCUUUGAAAGAUAUUCCAGACUUUUGCCUUUUUGAAAAGAGCAACGAGAUCCUUAACUACGGAAUUGAAUUAUUUAUUUAUUUUUUUGCAGGACAGAUUCUUCUUGGCCAAAGUGCGAUGGCAGAUCGCGUGGAUGGCACACAUCGGAUUCGCGAUCGCCUUUGGAAUUCGCUCGAAUUUCGGCGUCGCUAAAAAUCGCAUGAUCAACAAUUUCACAGACUCUUAUGGACAAAUACAUGUGAGCCCUUUGAGGAAAAGAAAUGAAAGGAAAUUGCAUGAAUUCAGGAACAAGAAUUCUUCUGGACGCCCACAGAACUCGGAAUGAUGGAAAGUUCCUUUUUCUACGGAUACGCGGCCUCGCAAAUUCCCGCCGGCCUACUCGCCGCCAAGUUCGCUCCAAAUAAGUCAGUAUCUAUGUCGAUUCAUUAAAAAAUUUUUGACAAAAGCAAGAAAAAAAUUGAAAAAGAGUUAGAAAGUUCGACCAAAGGUUUUACAAAACAGUGCAGAGAUUGGAAAUCAAAAUUUCAAAUCAUAUUUUUCCAUAGCAAAAAUAGUGUCGUUAUGUGUGAUAGCUGUUUCAGACUGUUGUGUAUCGGCGUCUUCGUGGCGAGUCUGCUGAAUAUUCUGAUCGCUUUUCUGCUGCAGUAUCAUCCAGUGACGGACAUCGCCGUCAUGUCUCUGCAAGUCGUCCAGGGACUCGCUUUGGUUCGUUUCAUUUUCUCUCACGAUUAAAAAAAAACUUUUUGCCUCUCAAAGUAUAACAGAGAAGUUCAGAUUUCUGAAAAUUUUUGUAUUUUUUUUUAAAUAUUUCUGCAUUUUAACUCUGCUUUUUGAAAAUGUUUAUCAACAUUUUUUUCGAAACAUUACUAAAAUGAGAAAAUUGUUGUGUUUCAGGGAGUCACAUAUCCGGCGAUGCACGGCGUCUGGAGACAUUGGGCGCCUCCACUUGAACGGUUACUCUUUGCUCAAAAAGAUUAUAUCAACUGCUUUUCUCAGAUCAAAGUUGGCCACAACCACUUUCACUGGCUCCUACGUCGGGGUUAUGGUCGGACUUCCGGCAUCGGCUUAUCUCGUCUCGCAUUUCCAUUGGAGUGCUCCUUUCUUCGUUUUCGGUGGGUUUCUGACAAAUAGAAAGUUUCUUCGAGUAAGGAAUAUAGUCGAUCCCCCGAGUUGAAAGGCGUGAUGGGUAGAUUGGCAUGGGUGACGCGUUGCGUACGCGACGCGGCUUUUAGCAUAAAGCUAGAAGAUAAACGCGAAUCGCCUUUUUUAUACCAUUUUCUCUUUUUAAUUUUUUUCUUCUAAUUUUUUUUCUAAUUUCUCUAAUUUUUUUCUGAUUUGGAAAAAAUUAGUUGAACGAGUAUGAACUAAUAAAAAGUUUUUUUGAAUCAAAAAUUAGAUCUAAGAAUCUUUCAGGGGUUGUCGGCGUGGUUUGGUCGGCCGUUUGGUGGUUCAUUUCAUCGAAAUCGCCCCUCUGCCACCGGUACAUUUCCAACGAAGAGCGGACCUACAUCAGCGAGAAAGUUGGAGCGGUGGCCGUACAGGACAUGAGCGUGAGUUCCCUCUUCUGAUAGAAUCAUCGAAAGACAAGAUUCCAGUUGACGACGGUCCCCUGGAAAAGUAUUCUGCUCUCGCCGGCCGUCUGGGCCAUCGUCAUCUGCAACUUCUGCCGUUCUUGGACCUUCUUCCUGCUUCUCGGCAAUCAACUCACCUACAUGAAGGAUGUCCUGCACAUCGACAUCACUAAUGUGAGGAUUUCAAUAAUAAUUUAUGAUCUUUUAAAACCUAGCAAGAAGUUCUUCUUGAACAAUUUUCUACUUGAAUUCUGCCCAAAACGAGAAAUAUUUCGUGCUCUAAUGCGAAACUUCUUCGAAUGCUCUAAUUUUUGACAAUUUGUAGAGCGGUCUGAUCUCGAUGCUGCCGCAGUUGUUGAUGACAAUCACGGUCCUGUCCUCCGGUCAGGCGGCUGACUACUUGCGCAGUUCUGGAAAGAUGGAGACGCGCAACGUCCGCAAACUGUUCAACACCGUCGGGUUCUCUGGCGAGGCCGUCUUCUUGUGCAUGUUGGCCUUUGUCCGCGAGCCGAUUUGGGCCAUCGUCUGUCUCAUCACGGGCUGCGCUCUUUCCGGCCUCAGCAUUGCAGGUUAUUUUUUGGAAAUGCUCAAGGCAAUCGAUUAAUGAUUGAAUUCGAAGCUUAUAGAAUUAGGGAGUAGGUAAACUUUAUUACGGAUCCUGAGAAACAAGAGGAGAGCCUCAGAAGAUCUAUCCGAGUACUUUUUGAUCAGGUUUAUCAGGAUCUUCUCAAAGACUUUCUUGUUUUUAAAUACGACCAGAAAAAACUUCGAGGCAAACUCUUACCGCAAUAUCUUUCAAGUUAAAAAUGUCUUGAAAAAAAUAAUUCGAAUUCUUUCAGAAAGAUUUAUAUUUCAAAAAAACUCUGAUUAAAAAAAUUUGUUAAUUUAAUUGUUUGAGAAUAAAUUAAAAAUAUUCAAAAAUUGAGAAAAUUUGCCAGAAAAAGAGCAACACAAUUACAGAAAAAAUUAUUUUUCACCACUAAGUAUCUGUAAUAUCUUUUCCUUUCUCACGCCAUUUUAUGGUUUUUUCAAUCUUCGAAACUUUUCAGGAUUCAACGUAAACCACUUCGAUAUCGCGCCACGCUACGCACCUAUUCUAAUGGGCUUCUCCAAUGGAUUUGGAGCUUUGGCUGGAAUGAGUGGAUUCGUCACGCAAAGCCUUACUCUCAAUGUAAUCUUUCCUUCUAGAAAAUCACAAUAGAAUGCUUUUUUACAGAAUCCGGACGGCUGGAAGUGGUGCUUCUUGCUGGCAAUGUCUGUAGAUUUGUUUGGAAUCGUCUUCUUUUUGAUUUUCGGCCGGGGCGAAGUUCAAGUCAGUUGAUUCAGCCUUGAAAGGUUCAUUUGGAAGUUUGUAGUCUUGGGCUCGCGAACCUGAACGAGAAGAAACAUUGGGCGAAUUCUGUCGACGGAUUUGUAUGUUUAUUAACUUAAGUUUGUUGUUUCUGGUAAUUACAUGAUUUCAAACAUAUGGAGAUUCUGAGCUUUGAGUUAUUUUGAAAUGAAACUCUCGUUUCAUAGAUUUUCGAUUAUUCUUGUGUUUUCAGCGAUGUCAGUAGCGAAUCGACUGUCCCGAAGGUCCAGUCGCAAUCCGAGUACUUAUGAAAAGUUCGCGACUUAUCUUUCUGAUUUUCCCUAUUCUCAUAUCUUCAGAAUGGAAGAGGAACGUCAAAACUCUUCGGAAAUGAAGGCGAGGUCUCCCUCCACAGAUUCUGGGGCGCCUUCGGAAGUUGUCGUGCCGAAUUUCGGCAAUUCCAUUAGUGGAAAGUUGACAGCAGUCGCCGAGGAAGACUCGACGUCAUCUGAUUCUUCUGAACCCCCCAGACGUCUAACGACCGAUCGUCCACAAGUCUAG